UCUCCAUAGAGCUAGCAGCCACUAGCCACUCAGGGGGAGAAAGGACAGUGAAAGCCAGCCUGUGUGUGUGUUUCUAUGUGUGUGUGUGAGUGUGUGAGGCAGUGAGGGCUGCCUGAGCAGACGAGCAGGCACGACCACUGCUGCAGUCUUGGUUCCACAGACCUUUUCCCUUCUAACCUUGCCCAGCUGCUCUAUUCAGACCUGCUUCUUGUCCCAGUGCAGGGAAGAGAGGGAUCCGAGCGGUACAGGGGUCCAGGACUGAUCACACAUCUCCAGUCCUCCUAGCAGCUGACAGCUCCUGGCGUACGUGCAGACAGGAUGAUAGCGGCUCAGCUCCUGGCCUACUACUUCACUGAGUUGAAGGAUGAUCAGCUCAAAAAGAUCGACAAGUACCUGUACUCCAUGCGUUUCUCCGAUGAGACGCUGAGGGACAUCAUGAGCCGCUUCCGCAGGGAGAUGGAGAGUGGCCUGGACCGGGACACCAACCCCACCGCCACCGUCAAGAUGCUGCCCACCUUCGUCAGGUCCAUCCCCGAUGGAUCAGAAAAGGGAGACUUCAUAGCUCUCGAUCUCGGGGGGUCAAACUUCCGAAUCCUGCGUGUGAAGGUGACGCACGACAAGAAGCAGCCGGUUCAGAUGGAGAGCCAGGUCUACGACACCCCCGAUGACAUCAUCCACGGGAGCGGGACACAGCUCUUCGACCAUGUCGCAGACUGCUUGGGAGACUUUAUGGAGAAGCAAAAAGUAAAGGACAAAAGGUUCCCUGUGGGAUUUACGUUCUCCUUCCCCUGCACCCAGAGCAAGCUGGAUGAGGCCGUCUUGCUGACAUGGACAAAGAAAUUCAAAGCCAGCGGGGUAGAGGGCAUGGAUGUUGUGAAACUUCUGAACAAGGCCAUCAAAAAACGAGGGGACUACGAAGCAGACCUCAUGGCAGUGGUGAACGACACGGUCGGCACGAUGAUGACGUGUGGAUUUGAUGAUCAGCGCUGUGAAGUGGGAAUUAUCAUAGGAACGGGAACAAACGCCUGCUACAUGGAGGAGCUGCGUCACAUUGACCUGGUGGAAGGAGACGAGGGCCGGAUGUGCAUCAACACCGAGUGGGGAGCCUUCGGGGACGACGGCUCCCUGGAAGACAUUCGCACAGAGUUUGAUCGGGAGAUCGACAGAGGUUCCAUCAACCCAGGAAAACAACUGUUUGAGAAGAUGGCCAGUGGGAUGUACCUGGGGGAACUGGUCCGGCUCAUCCUGGUCAAGAUGGCCAAAGAGGGGCUGCUGUUUGAGGGACGGAUAACCCCGGAGCUGCUGACCAAAGGAAAGAUCGAGACAAAACACGUCUCUGCCAUUGAAAAGACUAAAGAAGGGCUGAAGAAGUGCAUGGAGAUCCUGACGAGACUGGGCGUGGAGCCGUCAGAAGAAGACUGUCUGGCCGUGCAGCAUGUGUGCACCAUCGUGUCCUUCCGCUCAGCCAACCUCAUGUCUGCGUCUCUGGGAGCCAUCCUGCUGCGGCUGAAGGACAACAAGGGGGUGGCGCGCCUGCGCACCACGGUGGGGAUCGACGGCUCCCUCUACAAGAUGCACCCGCAAUAUGCUCGCCGCCUGCACAAGACGGUGCGGCGCCUGGUCCCGGACUCAGACGUCCGCUUCCUGCUGUCUGAGAGUGGGAGUGGGAAAGGAGCUGCCAUGGUGACGGCAGUGGCGUACCGUCUCACAGAACAAGCACGCCAGAUCCAGCAGACUCUAGCAGAGUUCAGGUUGACCAAAGCUCAGCUGCUGGAGGUGAAGAAGCGCAUGAGAGUGGAGAUCGAGAGAGGCCUGAACGAGAGCAGCCACGAGGACGCUUCGGUCAAAAUGCUGCCCACCUUCGUCCGCACCACGCCCGACGGAUCAGAAAAUGGAGAUUUCCUUGCUCUGGACCUUGGUGGGACAAACUUCCGUGUGCUGCUGGUGAAGAUCCGCAGUGGGAAGAAGCGAUCAGUGGAGAUGCACAACAAGAUAUAUGCCAUCCCCAUAGAGGUUAUGCAGGGCACAGGAGAAGAGCUUUUUGACCACAUCGUUCACUGCAUCUCUGAUUUUCUGGACUACAUGGGAAUGAAAAGUGCUCGACUGCCGCUGGGCUUCACCUUCUCCUUCCCCUGCCAUCAGACCAGCCUGGACGCAGGUAUCCUAGUAAACUGGACAAAAGGCUUCAAGGCAACAGACUGUGAAGGUGAAGAUGUGGUGGAGCUCCUGCGGGACGCCAUCAAGAGGAAAGAGGAGUUUGAGCUGGAUGUGGUUGCCAUAGUGAACGACACGGUGGGAACAAUGAUGACUUGUGCAUAUGAGGAGCCCAGCUGUGAGGUGGGACUUAUCGCAGGGACAGGGAGUAACGCCUGCUACAUGGAGGAGAUGAAGAACAUCGAGAUUGUGAAUGGGAAAGAGGGUCGUAUGUGUGUUAAUAUGGAGUGGGGAGCGUUUGGAGACAACGGCUGCCUGGACGACAUCAGGACGAAAUAUGACCAGGCAGUGGACGAGAACUCACUCAAUGAAGGGAAACAAAGAUAUGAGAAGAUGUGCAGUGGGAUGUACCUGGGGGAAAUUGUCCGGCAGAUUUUGAUCGAUCUGACCAGGCGUGGCUUCCUGUUCCGAGGACAGAUCUCGGAGACGCUGAAGACCCGAGGAAUCUUUGAGACAAAGUUCCUGUCACAAAUAGAAAGCGAUCGUCUGGCGCUGCUGCAGGUCAGGGCCAUCCUGCAGCAGCUGGGGCUGGACAGCACCUGUGAUGACAGUAUCAUUGUCAAGGAGGUGUGUGGCACGGUGUCCCGCCGCGCCGCUCAGAUCUGCGGAGCCGGCAUGGCUGCCGUGGUGGACAAGAUCCGUGAGAACAGAGGACUGGACCACCUGGACGUCACGGUGGGCGUGGACGGCACGCUCUACAAGCUGCACCCACACUUCUCUCGGAUCUUUCAGCUGACGGUGAAAGAACUUGCCCCCAAAUGUGAGGUGAACUUCCUGCUGUCUGAGGACGGCAGCGGGAAGGGGGCGGCCCUCAUCACUGCCGUGGGCUGCCGCCAGAGGGAGUUGGACGCCCAGCAGUGAGGAGCUGCGUCCCGUCUGCCCACCAGAACUACCUGCUGCUCCACCGUGACCUCCACCCGCUGCACAGCCCCAUGCACAGCCCCAUGCACAGCCCCAUGCACAGCCCCAUGCAUCUCCCCUUGGCAGCCGUGACUCCACUUCUGCCCCGCCUGGUCCCCCUUCAGCCAGAGAGAUAAGCUGCCUGGACAGAGUUACACAUACUGAAGAUGAAAAUAUUUAUUUAUACUGCCACAGUGUUUAUUAUUUCCAUGUUUGUACAUUUUGCUCAAAGCUUGUCAACUAUCUGAUCAAAUCUAAACUCCUUAGGUGUGCAAUAUUUGUGUAUUGCUAAUUUUAUUUUUAUAUGGAGGUAAAUAUAUAACUGUAUUUAUAAUCCCAGAGAUCAUUAGGAUUUUGCACCAUAGACACCAGUAAAUGUCUGCACUUUUUAUACCAGAGUAAGUACAGAAGCAUUUCCAUGUAAUUUCCAAAUGAAGGAUGUCCUCCUCAGCAAACGUUCUUCCAGGCUCAGAGAGCGUCUGGGAAAGGGCUCGCUGCAGAGGGCCGAACGCAAGAGUCACGGCUGUUAAAGUCCAAGUCAUUUUAUAAGCAACAUGCUCACACGAUGUGCUAGGCUACUAACCCUGUUUGUGCAACUGUCUGUGUCCGUCACAUAUUCAAAUAUUCCUGCGACACCAUACCAUUUAUUCCUGGAGUGGACAAGGUAGCAAAAGGGAAGUGUUUUAGUAUCUUAUUGGUAUUUGUGAAUUAUUAUAGUUUCGGUGUUGUGAUGAAUCCCACUUCUAUUCAUUGUGUGUGCAAAAGAAUAAAUGUUUAUUGGGCCCCAAGAAAAGGAUGGAUACUACACGCGCUUCCGUAUCCGUGGCUGAGUGUCGGUGUGUCCUGCUGUGACGACCCGUGGCUUUCAAUGUCCAGAGCUCUGUGGAGAGUGCAUGCCUUAUGUCAAGACAAACGAGAGCGCUGAAGAAUUUUCUUUUCCUUUGUUUUUUUUAAAAAUACAUCUAUAUAGAUUUGUGACCAACACAGUAAAAAAAUAAAUAAAUAAAUAAAAAUACGUGAAUUCAUUAAACUAUAUUUUGUUGUGGA